AUGAGAAAAUACACUACGUAUCUUCAAUUGAAAGAUAGACUAAGUCAAAUAUGGAUUAACAAGUACACGUUAGUGUUGACUCUGUCACUGUUUAAACUGGUAUUUUUCUCUAACUCGGUCAAUGACGCGCUGAGGAAUACAAACUCCAGCAUUAUAGGCAAUUGCCAGACCAUUGACACAUUGUAUAAUAACAUAUCCACGAACACACCGCAUUAUUUGGGUUUGAUGGGGAAUUAUAUGGUGGAGAAGUCCUUGGAGGAGACCGUUAAGGCGACUGUGGGCCUGCUUUCGAUGCUGGUUUUGGCCUCCGAGGAGCUCAUCACUUUUGUUAUUGAUCUAUACUUAGGGACCUACGCAUGUCUCAUCGUGAGUGCUAUUGACGGUACAGUAGACGUCGCGACUAAUACCACGGAAAAGUUGUUAGGUGCUAUCAAUGGGACUGUCGCGGAAUUCGCCAAUGAAUUGGAUGACGGCUUAGAUGAUAUCUCCGUGGUGAUUAAUAAGGUAUUGGCAGCGGCAUCAAAAGUGGAGCAAUUUUUCAAAGGCGGUGAUGACGAUGAUAGUGAUCCAGAUAGUCACAUUAAAAAGGUAAACAUGACAAUAUCAGCUCUUAGACAUGUGUACAUCCCCUCUUCCAUAAAUGACAAACUACGAGAGCUAUCGGCAAGGACCCCCGAUUUCGAUACGGUGAAAAACGACACCAAGAAGCUAAUUGCUGAGCCCUUCCAGUUGGUGAGAAAUCAAAUAAAGGCCAUAAACACAACCGGUAUUGUAGAGAAUAACGUAACAAUGUUUUACGUGCCGCCGCUGAACGACGGGUCGAAUUCCGGUCCAGGGAUAUGCUCUUCCAACAUACCUGAGAUUAACAAACUGUUCAACGGGCUGUGUAAGUCACUAAAAGUUGUCACGGUAAUAUUCGUUGUUAUCUUUGCUGUAGGUGCAUUAGUUAUGCUCAUCCCGGAAUCCUGGAACGAAUACAGAAGAUGGGGCAGAUUGAUGGAUUUACAAGCCAUAUGCCUUGACAGACAAGAUGCAUGGUACGUGAAGGAUCCAGACGACACGAACACUCUAACCACUGUUACACCACAAGACGAAAAUUUGAAGACUCUUAAUAUUAAUGGUUCGUUAGAAGCGCACGAACGAUCACUUGAUAUUGUCGAGGAAUAUCAGUUGUGUUUCAAUCGGUGGCAGACUCUGGUGGGCCAGUAUGCUAGUAAUUUUGCAAUGAAAACUGGUCAAUAUAGCAAUGUACAAAAGAUCCAAAUCCGGUGGUUUUUCGCCUACGUCUUCUCGGAUAGGGCUUUAAUUAUAUUGGGCAUUGGGUUGUUGGGGGUUGUCCUUUGUUGCAUCCAGUUCAUCUUUCUUGCGGUUCUAAAGCGUGCGAUGCACAAUAUCGACUCAAAAUCAGGCUCGUUCACAAACUCUACCGUAGCAACAACCCUGAAAAGAGACAUGGACAUUUGGUCCACCAACACGAAUAUGUACAUUAACGCGACAGAGGCUAACAUCAACCAACAGAUAUUUGGGUGGAUAGAAACAACCACCACAUCCGUGAACCAGACGGUAAACCACAUGAUACAAGACAUCGACAAGACUUUGGUCAAGAUAUUCAACGGCACGCUACUGUACAACCCAAUGAAAACGGUGGUGAAGUGUGUCAUCGAGGAUAAGUUGUACGCGGUCGAGAAAGCGAUGACAUGGGUCCACGACAAGGCACAUUUGAGCAUCCCACGUGUGAACGGGACGGAAAUAAGAAUGGCAAUUACGAGCGCAAACCAAACAACGUCUGAUGGUUCUACCAAAACGAACGUGCCUGACACUACACAGAUUGCAAACGACCUACAAACGCUCGUCACAACGGGAGUCCAGAAAAUACUGAAAGAGUAUCACCAAAGUGUGAUUUUUGAACUCAUCGUAUCGUGCGCCAUCCUAGGGGUGUGGGCCCUGCAGAUUCCCAUCGCAGCCAUGCUCAUGUAA